AAACUCCAUGACAUCCUCCUUUUCAUGUUGCUUAAUUAUUAUUGGUUUUUUGACAACAACAGUAACAUAUUAUCACUUAUAUUCUAUACGAUUUACCCGCCUAGGAUUUCUAAUCCCUCCAAUUUCGAGAAAUAGACGAUCUUGGAAUAUAAUUUAGUAAACUUUUUAUUUUUUAAGUUCCUAAACAGUCGUUAAUGACUUGAAUUAUAGUUUAAUUUUUGGACAUAUUAUUUACAUCUGAUUUUAGCUCUCACAAAGUUACAAGACAAUUUCUACAGAAUCAAAUUUACUGUAGAACUAAAAUAUGGAAAAUUUGCCAAAAGAUAACCCCAAUUUACCAAUAGACAAAGAUAUGAUAAUAAUAAGCUCUGAGCAAUCUGAUUUCUGUAAUGUUACCAGUUCAGAAGAAACAUGGGAUUCUCAUACUUCUAGGAUAACAAUUUCAAAACAUAGAAAUCAAAUGUUAAUAAAAAACCCAGUUAAAGAAGUAAAUAUUUCAUCAGUUGAAAAAUUAACUUGUUCUGAUGAUAAGUUCAAAUUGCCAUUGGAUUCUAGUGAAAAGGUCGAAGAAUUAAAAACAUUAUCUGAUAUUGAUUAUGUAUAUUGCAUAGCUGCUGUUAAACAAAAUUCAUCAGUUGGGACUAAAUUAUUAGCAAUUUCAUUUCUUGAAUCAUUACUUAAAUAUGAUGUAAAAUCUGAAAGUUCAUCUACAUCUUCACUAAAUGGUUAUAUAGCUGAUCACUCUGGAUCAUCAACAAGCUCAACUGUUUGUGCAACGGGAGAAGAAUUAUUUUUAGUUCCAAAAGUUCCUCGUGAUUCUUUUGUAUCUAUUUCAUCUUCUAGUAGUUGUUCGUCAAAUGGAAUUGUUUUGCAACAAAUAAAAACAAAAUACAAAAAAAUGCAAUUUUUACCAAAAAAUAAUACAUCUCAUCCAGUAUUGAUGUGUCCUCGGUGUAAUUUUUAUUUUCCUGGAAUUAAAGAUCCUCCUGAUGGUCCAGACUACAAGAAUGAAGGCACUAAUAUUGCAAAAUGUUUUGAUCUACCUUCUAAAGUUAUGACGUCAAGUAAUUCAAAAAAUAAAAAGAAAUUAAAGAAAACUAAUAAAGUUGAGUUGAAAAAAGAAUUGCUUAGCACCAAAGAAAAUAUUGAAAUAAUUGAUCCUAAAGAAGAACCAAGAUCAGAACAUCAUAAACUUCCUGAAAUAAAUGAAAAGUUAUCAGUUUCUUUUAAUAUUGGUUCAAAAGUAUUUGCCUAUUGGAUUAGUGACAAAUUAUUUUAUCCAGCAACUAUAAUUGAAAUAAUAUUUCCAAAAUAUAAAGUAGAGUUUUUAUCAGAUCAUGUAAUUAAGUCAAUAACUGAAGAUGGGCUAGUGCACAGUGAUGCUUUAAGACAAGGAAUGCCUAUUGGGAUAUUUGAUACUGUGUCCCAAGAAUACAAAGUUGGCGAUAUUGUCUCUAUUCAUGAGAUAGGCAUUGAAGAUAAAAAUUAUACAGUUGAUUUAGAUUCCGAAGUAGUUGAUGUUUCAUUUGAAAAGUUAGUACUAAAUAUUGAGCAAGCAAAAUGUAUACAAGAAAAGACUUUGCAUAAUAAUGUUUCAAAUUUUAGUCCACGUGAAAACUUUGAUGGAAAAAGAAUUCGUCUAUCUCGAUCAACUAAUACCAAAAAACAAAGACAACAAAUUGAAUCAAAAACUGGGGAAGAAACAAAUAAACGUAAAAAAAAUAAACUACAAACUGAUAAGAAGCGUAAGUGUUUAUUUCCAUUAGAAAAAGAUCCUAGAGAUAUUCCUAGUACUAGUACUGGAAUAACCGAAAGUAUAUAUCAUCUUUCCCCUCAAUAUUCAUCACAGACAGAUUCGGAUUUUGACCAUAUAAGAGAAGAACUAACUACUGUAGAUAUGUUUCACUUGAAAGACUCUCAAAUUGAUAGUGAUCAUUCUUCUGUUGAAAAAAGUCCAAUUAAAAUUGAUUGCAAUGAAAGUACAAAAAUUGUUAAAGUUUUUUCAAAUUUAAGUUUUGUAAUUAGUUAUUCAAAAUACAAACGACGUCCAAUGCCUAAUGACAGUGAUCAGAGUUCAGAUAAUGAAUUUGAUUCAAGUCCAGAUUACUUUGCUCCAUCUGUAAUACAUAAAAAGUCUCUAAUAAAACAAAUAACAAAGUUUGGUGGAGCAAUUUAUAGAUGUUUAAAUCUUGUACCUAAAAACCAAUUAAAGUCAUGUUUUCUCAUCACUGAUACACCAUCACAUACCUGUAAUUAUUUUUUAUCCAUAGCUCUUGGUGUUCCUGCUUACCAUCAUAAUUAUAUUCAGCAAGCAAUCGAACAAAAAAAAAUAUUUACAGAAGUAAUCAUAGGCAUUCAACCAUUACCAAAUGGUUGGUCUUUGGAACUAAAAAAAAUGAUAUUUCGAUCUUCUGAAACAAAUCGUUCUAAAAUAUUUGCAGGAUAUAUUAUAUACAUUGCUUUAGCAGAAAAACCUAGUAGACUAUUUUGGGCUGGAUUGCUAAAAUUUACUGGAGCCAUAGUUUAUACAUCAUGGAAAAAUGGAGUAAAAAAACCAUUAACAAGCCACAUUGUUGUUAUAUUGACAGAUUCUCAAUGCCCAGCUAUACUUCAAAAAUGUGAUUUCCCAAAACUCUCAAUUACUUGGGUUAUACAAAGUUUAAUUUGUGAGUCAGUCAGACCUAUUGAUGGACAUGAACAUUACAUUGAAAUUUCAGAUACAGAAUAAUAAUAUGACAAAUAAAUUCUUACAAUUAUAUUUUAUAUAGAAUUUUUAGUAUUAUUAAACUUAAAAACCCUUUAUAAAUUUAUUUUUAAUGAAUUUUGAAUUAUUGCUACAUGUACCUUUUUUAUUUAUUGUUAAUUUCAUUUAAUUUUAGUGAAUUUAUUUAUGGUAGGCAAUAAAGUCUAUGUUAAUUUUUUAACUAAUGUACUAUAAUUACGUCAAUUAUUUAAUAUGGAUUGUUGUAAAACAAUAUAACUA